GAGAACUCUUGGUGAGCGGCUGCGCAAAAGACACCACUUCCUUUUGAGGGUGGCGGCGAACGCAGAGGCAGCGCUAUGAAGGCCUCCGGCACACUGCGGGAGUACAAGGUGGUGGGGCGCUGUCUGCCUACCCCCAAGUGUCGCACUCCACCCCUCUACCGAAUGCGCAUCUUUGCGCCCAACCAUGUCGUGGCCAAGUCCCGUUUCUGGUACUUCGUAUCGCAGCUGAAGAAGAUGAAGAAGUCGUCGGGGGAGAUCGUGUAUUGCGGGCAGGUGUUUGAGAAGUCUCCGCUGCGGGUGAAGAAUUUCGGGAUCUGGCUGCGCUAUGACUCGCGCAGCGGCACACACAACAUGUACCGAGAGUACCGCGACCUCACCACGGCUGGCGCCGUUACCCAGUGCUACCGAGACAUGGGCGCCCGACACCGGGCCCGUGCGCACUCCAUUCAGAUUAUGAAGGUGGAGGAGAUCGCAGCUAGCAAGUGCCGCCGGCCGGCUGUCAAGCAGUUCCACGACUCCAAGAUCAAGUUCCCACUACCCCACCGGGUGCUGCGGCGCCAGCACAAGCCGCGCUUCACCACCAAGAGGCCUAACACCUUCUUCUAGAGCCGCUGAGUCGAAUAAAUGUUUCAGUGGACAGAA